AUGAAUAUCAAUCUAAGAAUGGCUGCAAUGACGCCUACGAACAGCAGAAUGAUUAGAGACCACAUUAUAAAGAGUAGAACUGAUCCUAUUGUUGUUUCACCAGAUAGAUCACUCACAGAUUCGCUCCACUUACUAAAAAUAUUAAACAUUAAGGAUGCAUUUGUUUGUUUGAUAUAUAAACACAUCAAACACAAUAAAAAUAAAGGCAUUUACUCAAUUUCAACACAUUUCGUAUAG